AUGGGUUACGAAGAUUCCGUCUACCUCGCCAAGUUGGCUGAGCAAGCCGAACGCUAUGAGGAAAUGGUGGAGAACAUGAAGACCGUCGCGUCCGCCGACCAGGAGCUAUCGGUGGAGGAGCGAAACCUCCUCUCCGUCGCCUACAAGAACGUUAUCGGCGCCCGCCGUGCCUCGUGGCGCAUCGUCACCUCGAUCGAGCAAAAGGAGGAAUCCAAGGGCAACGACCAGCAGGUCACCCUCAUCAAGGAGUACCGCCAGAAGAUCGAGGCAGAGCUUGGCAAGAUCUGCGAGGACAUCCUUGACGUUCUCGACAAGCACCUCAUCCCCUCCGCCCAGAGCGGCGAGUCGAAGGUCUUCUACCACAAGAUGAAGGGCGACUACCACCGCUACCUCGCCGAGUUCGCCACGGCCGACAAGCGCAAGGAGUCCGCAGACAAGUCUCUCGAAGCCUACCAAGCCGCCACCGAAGUCGCCGCCACCGAUCUUGCCCCCACCCACCCCAUCCGCCUCGGCCUCGCCCUCAACUUCUCCGUCUUCUACUACGAGAUCCUCAACUCCCCCGACAAGGCUUGCCAGAUGGCCAAGACCUCCUUUGAUGAGGCCAUUGCUGAGCUCGACACCCUGUCGGAAGAGAGCUACAAGGACUCGACGCUCAUCAUGCAGCUCCUCCGUGAUAACCUUACUCUCUGGACUUCCUCCGAAGCCGAGCCAGCGAGCGAGCAAGCCCCGGCCGCGGAAGAAGCCGCCAAGCCCGCAGAGCCAGCAGGCGAGGAGAAGACGGUCGAGUAA